AUGUUCAAAAUACAACUUUAAUAGUGUCACUGUUGUGAUAUAAAGCUGUGAUAUUUGCGAUAUAUAUUUAAUAUUAUCAAAUUAAUCUUCAUGAAACUGUGUAAGCAGUUAUCCAAAGUUAAAUCUAGUCAAGUUUUGUUAGGCCUACUAUUAAAAUAAUGUCGUCUCUUGUACAUUUGGCUAGAAAUCCCAGGUAUCCAACUUAUGAGAAGUUGGAUCAAGAAGAUGAGGGAUCGCCCACAUCUGGUAGAAGAGUCAAGGUUUAUGGGCCUAGCCGUUCUCACAAAAGAUGUCUUUUGUAUUCAGCAGUCGUAUUUAUUAUCAGUUCAAUUUUUGGAUACUUGUUACUACUACUGUCUACAACACACACCACCGGUACCCUGGAUAGUAUAGCUCUGACACUUGGCCUACACAAGAGCAUAUACGUUAACAGAACACUUGUGUUUGUUUCUGUAGUCUCUUGGAUGUAUGUUGCAGGAUACUUGUUACUACUACUGUCUACAACACACACCACCGGUACCCUGGAUAGUAUAGCUCUGACACUUGGCCUACACAAGAGCAUAUACGUUAACAGAACACUUGUGUUUGUUUCUGUAGUCUCUUGGAUGUAUGUUGCAGGAUACUUGUUACUACUACUGUCUACAACACACACCACCGGUACCCUGGAUAGUAUAGCUCUGACACUUGGCCUACACAAGAGCAUAUACGUUAACAGAACACUUGUGUUUGUUUCUGUAGUCUCUUGGAUGUAUGUUGCAGGAUACUUGUUACUACUACUGUCUACAACACACACCACCGGUACCCUGGAUAGUAUAGCUCUGACACUUGGCCUACACAAGAGCAUAUACGUUAACAGAACACUUGUGUUUGUUUCUGUAGUCUCUUGGAUGUAUGUUGCAGGAUACUUGUUACUACUACUGUCUACAACACACACCACCGGUACCCUGGAUAGUAUAGCUCUGACACUUGGCCUACACAAGAGCAUAUACGCUGUAGUAAUAGAUGCCGGAAGCACAGGCUCCAGGGUUUUGGCCCUGUCCUUCCAUCAGUCCAUCCUAGAUGAUAGUUUAAAACUAGAUGAUGAAUUAUUUAUUGAGCAAGAACCAGGAUUGUCAGCCUAUGCUGAGAAUCCAAAAAUGGGAGCGGAGAAAAUAGCAGAACUUGUGGAGAGAGCCAAGGGGUUCGUUCCGCAGAAGGCGUGGUCCAGCACCCCUAUGGUACUGAGAGCCACAGCAGGUCUGCGUCUGCUGCCCGAGGGCAAAGCCAACGCGCUACUAGAUGAGGUACGGAGACUGUUUGCCAAUUCACCAUUUCACACAACAGAAAAUUCUGUGGCAAUCAUGGAAGGUUCUGAUGAGGGGCUAUUCGCCUGGGUCAACAUAAAUUUCCUGUCAGACAGAUUAUUUGGCAAGGCAAGCCAAAUGUUGGCAGCCCUGGAUCUAGGUGGAGGCUCCACACAAAUCACGUUUCCUCUCAUCGAUGAGAAACAAAGGAACAAGUUCCCUUCUGAUGAUGUCCAUCCAUUGAAAAUGUUUGGGCAGCAGAUCUAUGUCUACACGCAUAGUUACCUGGGGCUGGGACUGAUGGCAGCCCGGAAAGCCAUCCUAUCUAUGGGCAACCCAGAAGGAUCCACAGACUUGGCCAGUGAGUGUAUCAAUCCCAUCAACAAGAACAAGAAGUUUAAGUACGGUGGCAAGGAAUAUACUGUUCAAGGUCCAGCAAACCCUGAGAUCUUGAAGAAGAAGAGGAAGAACCCUGAUGAAGGCUUUGAUGAGACACCUAUUGUUAGACUGAAGGAGUGCACUGACUUGGCCAAAAGUUACCUCAAUUCUCAGAAUAUGACCAAGCCCGAUGGUGUUUUGGACUUUGAAAUCACUGCAUUCUCUUAUUUCUUUGAUCGUGCCACCGAAGUUGGUUUGCUCACCGAUAUUUAUACCGGUGGGACUGUCCUCUUCAAGGACAUUAAGAAAGCGACUAAAGAAUCCUGUAUGGAUCCGAAUGUUGAGAGGCCGUUUAUGUGUGUCGAUCUUGUGUUCAUCUCGACUCUUCUUGAAGAUGGUUAUGGGUUUCGUCCUGACACAAAAAUCAAGUUGGUGAAACGUAUUGAAGGACAUGAAGUCAGCUGGUCUUUAGGGGCAGCCUUCCACUUCCUACAGAACGGCUUAUAACACAGGCAGAUCUCCCUGUUGAAUGUAAUAGAGCACUAGUGAUGCUACUUAUUAUAAACUCUGUGCCUCUUUAAAUGUUUUACUAUUUUUAUAAUUAUAUAAAUUUUAGCUAUUUACCUACAGUUUUUAAAUGUACCCUAUGAAGUAAAUACAUAAAAUGUAGCUGUAAAUAUAAAAGUAAAAUGUAAAUUUAUAUUUACAGCUACAUUUUAUGUAUUUAUUUCGUAAGCUACAUUUUAAAUCUAUUCUACAGUUAAAUUAAAAACUGUUAAUAUUGUUGUUAUUGUAAAUUGUUUUAAUGAGUUUCACGAGUAAUGCACUAGUUUUAACAUAGCUUAUACAUGGUCUUACAAAAGGUGAAAGUAACAACCAAACUGCAAAACAUAAAGCUAUAUAAAAUGUAUUUAUUAGUUACAUUUGGUUUGUUGUAAUGGAAAGAAUUAGUUGUAUAUAACAGAUUACAGUUGUAACUUGUUUUCACUUUGUUAAAUGUGUGUUUUAUUAAAUAGUAUAGAAAAGAUUUUUUGCAUGUAACAGAUGAUUGUAAUAGAUGCAUGUAAAGUAAAGAGCUUAUAACCGAACCACAAGUAAGAAGUAAAAUAAAAAUUAAUAGUUGGUGUAAAACAAUAACCCAAUUGGAAUGAUAUUACUUUUAUCUUUCUUUUUUACUUCCAGUUUUAAAGUAACACAUUAGCUAAUGCAUUAUAAUGAGCAUUAAAUACAGUUAUGACGCUACAUUACUAGAUUUUUACUUAAUUUUUGUGUGGAAAUGAUGCUGCAUGGGUGUAUAAGCUAUUUACAUGCAUCUAUUACUAUCACCUGUUACAACUAAUUCUUUCCAACCUCUUCAGAAAAAGUUAAAACAAGUUACAACAAACAUACAAUGUACAACUAAUUCUUUCUGUUUAUUUCUCUUUAAGUUCAAGCCUCUGUAUGAUAUAAAUGUAUGUAUGUUGACAAAAGGAUAUCAUAGAGGGACUUGAACUUAUAAAUGUAUAACAAUAAGGUAAGGCCCUGUAUAAGCUGUGUUAAAACUAGUUAAGAUGAAAUAAAAACAACUUUUAGGAUAGUCUUUAAAAUAUGAUUAAUCUUGUAAUUACAUAUCGUAAAAGCAUUCCAUGAAUUUCCUGGUGCUGUCAUGUGUCUUAUAUUUAAUUUUAGAUCUAAAAUUGUCCUACUUUAUUUUACUUGAUUUUUAUUAAUGCUCAUUUUGACAAUAAAUAGUGAAAUUUAAAUGUCUGCUGUUAAAUAUGAAUAAUUUUUCAUUGCUGAGUUAUAUUAAACUAUUACUUAAUUACAAAUUAAAGUAAUCGUUCAGUAUAACUAAUAAAUUUACAAUAUGUUUUAAUAAUAACCCUCUACAUUGACCAUGUAGUAUUUAAUGAAAAUACUUUAAUCAAUUCAAGUUUAUAUUCAAAUGAAUUAAUUGUUCUAGGUUUAUUAUUAAACCCAGAACAAUUGAUUCUCGUACAUUCAAAAAACUACUUUUUGUAUGGACAUAUUGAUAUUCAAAUGAAUUAAUUGUUCUAGGUUUAUUAUUAAGCCCAGAACAAUUGAUUCUACAUUCAAAAAACUACUUUUUGUAUGGACACAUUGACCGUGUUUAAAGCAAUCUAGCAUCCUUAUUGUAGGUAAUGCUCAUUAUAUUGUUAGUAUAUAAAAGAUUAAAAUACAUUUAAAUGUGUAUAUUUGAUCAAUGAAUUUUCUUUACACAGUAGCUGUUUCCUUUAUGUGCUUGAAUAGGACAGUUCCACCGGCAUGAAUGUCUGUAACAUAAAAAUAGCAUUUUACAACAAAGAAUAUUAUUUUUAACUUUUAAAAUGAUAUUAUUCUCUUAUAAGUGCUAAAAAUUUCAUUUUAGUUUUUGAAAAUAAAUAUAGUUAUACGGUUUAAUGUUACUGGAAAUAAAUCAAAUUCUUUUUUUGUUUUACCUUGUUUCAUGCUUAAUAAAUAUGUUGACAAUAGGAUUCAAACUUAAAAGUAAAGGUUUUAGGAUAGUAUCUAAUGUUUUUUAGAAAUAGAACAUUUUUAGUUCAUUUAAAUAAUAUAUUUAAACUCAAUUUGAUAAUAGGAUUAUUAUCAAAUUGAGUUCAAAUAUAUAAAGAUUACUUAUGCCAUAGUAUAGCUGCUCUUAAAUACAUCAAUUACCAUUAAAAUAUCAUUCCACAAGGUCUAAUGAACAGAUUAUAUGACCAAUAAUUACAUUUGGCAUUUGUUAAAAUAAAAUCCAAUAUUCCUGCCUUUUGGUAAAUUGCAUUUAAAAGUCAGUAAUGAUAUUUUCAUUACAUUCUACAUGGUUAAUUUAGUUAGAAAACAGAGUGCAAAUCUGUAAAAUAAUACUUGUGUUACAGUAUUAUUUUACAGAUGGACAUUCUACAUUGUUUUAUUGUAUACUUGUACAAGUAUACAAAAUGUUUUCAAAGAACAUUUUGUAUACUUGCUGUUUUAUCAUUCUAUAUAUUGUGAUUUUUUAUACAAUAAGUUUUUGUGUAGUACAUUGUGAUUGGAAUCACUGUUGUAAUGUUCACUGGGUGAUUCUUUCUGGAACCAGAUGUAGAUGUGGAAAUAUAAUUAUUAAUUAUUCAAUACAUACAAUUUUUAAAUCUCAUUAAUUACAUUUUAUACCCAGUGUCCAAUCAUCAUGUACAUUAACAAUAUUUAUAAUAUAUUGUAGUUAACAUUAAUACGAUUUCCACGUAUUAAUGUUAACUACAAUAUAUGGAAAUCGUAUUAAUGUAGUUUCAAUAAAACAUAAAAUUUGAAACAUAACAAUGUCUUGUCCAUGAAUUGACACAAUUAAGAACAUUUCUCUCCAAAUUUUAGUCUUAAAUAUAGUGUAGCGUAAAGAGGUUGUAUACAAAAAUCAUAUGUUAGUUUCUACAAUAAAUAACACAUCAUAGAAUGUUAUGUUUCAAACUUUAUUUUUUAUUGAAAGUGACCAAUAAGGGUUUAAUUUUACAAAAUGUAUAGAAAACUUUAAAUCAUGUUACUGUGAAAAAUAUAAACCAUUUUAUAGGUUGUA